AUGGCUGCUACCAGGUGGUUACUGCUUCUUUUCUCAGUAGCCCUGUUGGGCCUGAGCUCUGCUCAAUUCACAGAUGAGGAAGAUGAACAAAAUUCAGAAGAUCCAAUAGCUGUACAAGCACCAAAAGACUCCCAGAAGGAUGAUCAGAACCCUGAUCAACAACAAAGUGGUAACCAAAAACCUGGGCCUCCAGGUGGACAGCAAGGAGGUCAACCAGGUAGUCAGCAAGGAGGCCAUCCAGUUGGCCAGCAAGGUGGCCAUCCAAUUGACCAGCAGGGAGGCCCUCAAGGUGAUCAGCAGGGAGGUCAUCCAGGUGGCCAGUAA